UCAACACUUAUAUAAUAGCCAGUCAUCAAUUGGAGGCGGGCAAGAUGGUGAUGAUAUGCGAUUGGUCUAAACCUUCGACUAGCGACUUAUUGCGGCCUGCUCAGAAUGCCCAUACAGACUAAGACCUUAUUCACACAGCGAAGAAUGGUCGAGUGGAAGGGGGCAGUCAGCUGGCUGCUUCUUUGCCAUGCGCUUUGCUUCGCUUUAGUUUUUAGAAGAAAGAGACCAAAUGAGAGUGAAAGGCAAGGGCAAGCGAUAGAAAAGUCCCUCGCGCGAACUACUACUACUAGAAAAUGGUGAGACCAUUUAGUGAAAGAAGGACCAAACCAAAGAGGAUCCUAUCCUAAAGGAGAAGGAGGAGUAGGAGGAGUCAGUUUUCUUUGAAGAUCGAGGAACGUAGUGUCGGACAAUUAUGACAUUCGGAAGAAGUCUUCUACAGAAGAAAAGCCUGUUACGAGUAAGUGGAGAGGAAAGAUGUCCAGAGAUUCUUAUCUCAUUCCAUUCCAGUGGCUCAACCAAUAACCAAUGGCGAAAACUCAAAAAUCCAUGGUUUCCCGGUAGAACCCUAUUUCGCCCAAGUUAUUUCGGAACCGGAAAAAAGAAGCGGUUUUUCGCACAGCUUGCUCAUAGUGCAGGUCCCACUUGUAUAUCGUAUUUGGCCGAAGAAGCAUCGGACAGGUUGGAGUUCUUACCUUCUUGGGACUCCAUGGACCAAGAUCUGCUUUUAUUAUAUGGUCAAUACCGAUCUACUUUAGUAGAUCAUAUGGAUGUAGAAAAAGCAACUAAUUUGGAUGAAAUAGAAACAUCUCUUUUCCAUUUCUAUUUACCCAGUUCAUAUCUUUGUUUCGUGUGUUCCUGGGAGGAAUUCGUUCUCGGAAUACCACCUAAAUAACUAUGGCCAUAGAGUCAAAUAGGUCGGGAAGAAAGAGUAUGAGGUCGGGUCGGACGACAUACCUCUUGGUUUGGUUCCACCACCACUAGAGAUUGGACAUAUAUAUAAUCUUUCUUCUAAAAAAGGGAUUCUUAUAUAUAUAUUUUGAAAAUAGCUACAAGACAAAAACCGAAAGCCCUUCUUUUAUUGUUGUUCCUCCCAGAUACAUGGCUUACAUACCCGGCUCAACAUUCUUGGAAAACAAUCGAAUCGAGGGUUUGGGAGCCUAUAAGUGGAACGUUUGCUAUGCUAUAAGGACUGUGCGCCUACCCGGAAUGGCUUCGCUAUCGCUCCCGUGUAGGGGUCGGUCUAUCCCAAAAAAGGGGUCCUCCUAUCAGAAAGGGAUUCCGAAGCGAGCGAGUUCCCUAUUCCGUAUCUCGGCCAUCUUAUCUGCAAGGGCGGCUUCCUCCGUUUCUGGUUUGCAUGUCUUUCAUUCUGAAUUGCCUCCUUUGACUCGUGCAUGCUUGCGUUUAGAUAGGUUAGAUACUUCUUAUAUUAGGAGAAUUAUUGUAAAGGAGUAGUAAGGGAGUGAAACCCCGAUCUAAUCUUACACGUGCGAGGACAGUCCUCUGAAUAGAGUCCAUUGCAUCCCACAAUAAUCGACGGGCAGCCCUCGUACAUUUAGCAUUAACCGCUGAAAACUCGAAUGUCUGUCCACUCUGAGUGGGCAGAGCCUUAUUACCUUAUUAAUAGGAGGGAUGCAAGGAAUUGAUGCUACGAAUGCCAUAGCAAGUGAAUCAGAAUAAGCCCUAGCCCAGCUACUGAUUGGAAAGUCUUGUCAUCAUCUGUAAAAAGCAUUUAUCUACAGGUUUUUCACUUUUCAUUCAUUGAAUGACUUGAUUCCCAAAGGAUGAAGGAAAACUUCUAGUGUACCCAGUUGCAGGGCAUACACUAUAUCUUGCACACGGGAUAGAAAAGUAAGAGUUCGGAGAGUUGUCUGACAACCUUCCCAGUUCCCGCUUCGGUUCCCAGAGAAAGGAAGGGGCUGAUCCGAUAGUGCGUGCUGGCCGGUUCGAUACUAUACUCCUUGCUUUCAGAGCUGGAAAGAGCGAGUGUAAUAAACGAAAGGAGUUGAACGAGAAGAUACGUAUAUCUUCGAGUUUGAAGUGAACGAACGGAAAACUUGAAGUGAGUCUAACUAGCAUAACGAGUAAGACAACGAGUCCUAGAGCUCCCUACUCUCAGCGGACUACUUAUAGGAGGAUAGGGAAAAGCUGCGUGCAGUUCAAGAGAGAUCGACCAAAAUCAAAGGGGGGAUAGAGCAAGGGCUCCACGCUCAA